GUUUCCCGGCAGGCCAGGCGCCAAGGCCGCCGGCGGGACUGGAGUUGCCGCGCUGGCUUUUAGAGAGUGACUGUCAGGUUUGGUUUCUGUGGUCGCGAUGGCCUCGUUCGUCACGGAAGUUUUGGCACACUCGGGGAGGCUGGAGAAGGAGGAUCUGGGCACCCAGAUCAGCCGCCUAACGCGGCAGGUGGAGGAGAUCAAGGGUGAAGUAUGCACUUUGAUCAGCAAGAAGUAUAGUGAAUUCUUGCCUAGCAUGCAGAGUGCACAGGACCUGGUUACACAGGUGGAUAAACUGUCUGAUGACAUUGACCUUUUGAAGUCCAGGAUCGAGAGAGAGGUCCGCAGAGAUCUUCAUGUAUCAACUGCUGAAUUUACAGACUUGAAGCACCAGUUGGAAAGAGACUCAGUAGUCCUAAGUUUGCUUAAACAGCUACAAGAGUUUUCUACUGCUAUUGAAGAGUAUAAUUGUGCAUUAACAGAGAAGAAGUAUGUCUCUGCUGCUCAGCAUCUAGAAGAGGCACAGAAAUGCUUGAAGUUAAUAAAAUCUAGAAAAUGCUUUGAUUUAAAAAUCUUGAAAUCUCUCAGCAUGGAGUUCACAAUACAGAAACAGAACAUACUUUAUCACCUUGGAGAAGAGUGGCAAAAACUGAUUGUGUGGAAGUUCCCACCAUCAAAAGAUACCAACAACUUGGAAUCUUGCCUACAAACAGAACUUCAUUUAUGUACAGAACAACCUCAGAAAGAAGAGAAGACCCCAGUGCCUCCAAUUAGUUCUGUCCUCUUGGCAUUUUCUAUUCUUGGAGAGCUACAUACCAAGCUUAAAUCAUUUGGUCAAAUGCUGCUGAAGUAUAUCCUUAGGCCUCUGACAUCUUGCCCAUCCCUUUAUGCUGUGAUAGAAUCCCAGCCCAACAUCAUUAUCAUUCGCUUUGAAUCUGUGAUGACUGACUUAGAACAUCCACCACCAUCUGAAGUAUUUUCAAAGAUCAGACUGGUAUUGGAAAUGCUGCAGAAGCAACUUCUAGAUUUACCUCUUAAUAAUGACCUAGAAAAUGAAAAAACAUCUAAGAUCACUUUGGCUGAGAUGCUUGGUGACAUGAUCUGGGAGGACUUAUCUGAGUGCCUCAUUAAAAACUGUUUGGUUUAUUCUAUCCCAACAAAUAGCAGCAAGUUACAGCAGUAUGAAGAGAUCAUACAGUCCACUGAAGAUUUUGAGAAUGCCCUAAAGGAGAUGAGGUUUUUAAAAGGAGAUACAACUGAUUUGCUAAAAUAUGCCCGAAACGUCAAUUGUCAUUUUGCUAACAAGAAGUGUCAGGAUGUGAUUGUAACAGCUAGAAACCUAAUGACCUCUGAAAUUCAUAACACUGUGAAGAUUACUCCUGACUGUAAGACAGUGGUGCCAGACUUACCCAGUCCUGAUGAAGAUAACAAGCUAGAAGUACAGAAAGUGUCCCCAACUCAGUACAACAAAGUUAUGAAUUUAGAACCUGAAAAUACAUUGGACCAACAUUCCUUUUCUUUGCCAUCAUGUCGCAUCAGUGAAUCUGUACAGAAGUUAAUGGAACUUGCAUAUCAGACUUUACUAGAGGCAACAACCAGCAGUGAUCAGUGUGCUGUUCAACUUUUCUACUCUGUGAGGAAUAUCUUCCAUUUGUUCCAUGAUGUUGUACCAACUUACCACAAGGAGAACCUUCAGAAACUGCCCCAGUUGGCUGCCAUUCACCACAACAACUGCAUGUACAUUGCUCAUCAUUUGCUGACCCUUGGACAUCAGUUCAGAUUACGACUGGCCCCCAUCCUUUGUGAUGGCACAGCUACUUUUGUGGAUCUUGUUCCUGGCUUCAGGAGGCUUGGGACAGAGUGUUUUUUGGCUCAAAUGCGAGCACAGAAAGGAGAACUUCUGGAAAGGUUAUCAAGUGCUAGAAAUUUUUCAAACAUGGACGAUGAAGAGAAUUAUUCUGUAGCAAAUAAAGCUGUCCGACAGGUACUACACCAGCUAAAGAGACUUGGAAUUGUGUGGCAGGAUGUCCUGCCAGUGAAUAUCUAUUGCAAGACUAUGGGAACUUUACUCAAUACAGCAGUCUCUGAGAUCAUUGUACGGAUCACUGCCCUCGAGGACAUCUCCACUGAAGAUGGUGAUAGAUUAUAUUUCUUAUGCAAAACAGUGAUGGAUGAAGGACCCCAAGUAUUUGCACCUCUAUCUGAAGAAAACAAGAACAAGAAAUAUCAAGAAGAAGUUCCAGUCUAUGUGCCAAAAUGGAUGUCAUUCAAAGAAUUGAUGAUGAUGUUACAAGCCAGCCUGCAAGAAAUUGGGGAUCGGUGGGCAGAUGGAAAAGGGCCAUUGGCAGCUGCAUUCUCAUCCAAUGAAGUAAAAGCUUUAAUUCGUGCCUUGUUCCAGAACACAGAAAGAAGAGCGGCUGCCCUUGCUAAGAUUAAAUAGCUACAUCUUCCUGAGAAAGUUAUGUCUGUCUUACUAUUUGGAUUUCUAUCUUGGCAUACUUAUUCCUUUAAAGACUUCACCAAAACUCUUGGUUUACUACCCACUGGUUUUGGCCUACUACCAGGUUUUGGUGAACCAAUUUAUCAUGAAAGUUUGAUUUCACCUAAGAACACUUUACCUCCUGGGCUGUAUGAAGCUUUGUUGAAGAACGGGAUGUUAUGAUGUCAAGUACCUCAAUUUGUUGACUUUCUAGCACCCUUUCUUGAUAAGAAACUACAAGGCAGCAUUAUUUCAUGUUGCUUCCAGGGUCCUCUGGGAACUGUAUUUGUCAUAAAUGUAGGCCCUGAUCUCAGAUCAAGGAAUCCAGGAGAUUCCAAGAGUCUGGGAAAAGAAUUUAUGAACAAAUGGGAGAUAUAUUUUGGGGAGGGGAAGUUAGAGUGGGGGUAGCUCAACCACAUUGGCCUUGUAGAAAACAAAGAGACUUCCUUUAAUAUUUCUUUCCAAUAAAUAAUGCU